AUAAAGCCAACACCAAAAUGUCUUUUGUGAAAGGCAGUCGCUCUUUUCUUCAGCAUUAUUAAACUUAAUUUCAUGCAAAAUGGUACAAAAUUUGCCUGCAGGUAAGUUAUAGUUGCUCUCGUUUCCUUCUCUAAGCUUUAUUGCUGUUCUGGCAGUAUUUAGUUUAUCUUUUAUCACUUAUCUAUUGUUAUUUAUUGGGCUAAUUCACUUUUCAUGGCUCAAUCCCCAAGUCUAGAGUCUGAUUUGGUGUGAAAGUUCUUUCAACACACUCGGAAUUUCUCGUUCAUUGAUUUUAAUGCAAAUUUUGCAAACUUUAUAAAUAGUUGGCUUAGUUUAUUAAACAAGGGACAUUUGCAUAAAAUACACAUUUAAGACAAUCGUUAUGCCUUGUAUAUAAAUCUAAAAAUGAGCUAUUUUAACGGUAGUUUGAGCGAUUCUUCUCGAUGACCAUUCUUUGAAGACCAUUCUUUGAAGUCCAUUCUUUGUUUCCUUAUAAAAAGAUGUGACAAUGAUCUGAUUUUGGUUAGUUCUCGACAUGGAGUGGCGUUUGAAAGUUCCGCUGACGAAUUGGAUUUUAUUCGGAGUGCUUCUGCUCCCACUUCUGGCGGCAGUCCAGGCCAAGGAUAAUGCCUCUGCGCCGCGUCUAAUUACCCUGCAAGCCGGAAGCCCCGCCCCGGCUCCCCCGCCGCAGGAAGUGAUUAUCGAAGGGGACUACGAUCACCAUCACCACCACCAGCCGUAUCCGUACCCUCCUAGCUAUCCGUAUCCCCAGCCACCGGCUGCGCCACAGCACUGCCACUGUCCUCCCGGACCCCCCGGGCCACCAGGACCUCCGGGAAUACCGGGCCAGAAGGGCUAUCCCGGACAGAAAGGCUCCAAGGGAGAUCCCGGCGAAAAGGGUGAGAAGGGAGAGAAGGGCUACCCCGGCAUGCCAGGUUUGCCAGGACCCCAGGGACCGCCCGGAUAUCCAGGGGGAUCCUAUCCUCCUUUCCCCUAUCCUCCGCCCCCACCACCACCUCCUCCACAUGGUGGUCCCAAACACUACUACGAUGAUCGGUAUUACGAGGGGGACGAUGACUAUGGCCGUGCUUUUAGCCUUAUAGAAGAGGAACCUAUUGGACCUCAGCCCAUCAUCCUGACUUUCAGCCACCGUAACAACCCAUUUACAAAGAAAUCAAAUAAAAAACAUAUUUAAAAGAAAAUAAUUUUGGUUUUUGAAUCCUGGGAGCU